GGAGCAGCCUGUCACCUGACCUGGCUCUGGGGCUGCUGGUGGCAUUGGCCUGCAUUCCUUGAAUUCUUCUACCCAGUACUGCAACGAACAACCAACUUCAGGUUCACCGAGCUGAGUGGAUUCUCCUCGCUGUGCCCUUGGAGUGCACUGCAGAAUCUCCUACAAGCAACAGCAAAUGCACCAUUGAGAAGUAGCACACAGAGAGUGUCCAAGAAGACCUCAAAGUCUGGGGGGAAAUGACCCUUCAUGGAAUACUAAGUGUACCUCCUGCUACAUAUUUUUUUCUUACUAGCCUCCAAUAAUUGAAACACAUAGCCCUGGAUCUGCAGAAAGACAAUUGAUCAUCAAACUUUUUAUCAUGCAUCAACUCUUCAGACUGGUUUUGGGACACAAAGAUCUUUCACGAGCUGGGGACCUCUUCUCCUUAGAGGACGCUGAGAUUGAGGACAGCCUGACGGAAGCUUUGGAACAAAUUAAAAUAAUUAGCUCAUCUUCAGAUUACCAAACCAAUAACAAUGACCAGGCAGUGGUUGAAAUCUGUAUCACACGCAUCACGACAGCCAUCAGAGAGACAGAGUCGAUUGAGAAGCACAUGAAGGCCCUGGUGGGGCUCUGGGACUCCUGCUUGGAACACAACCUGAGGGCCUCUGGGAAAGACGAAGACACUCCCCACGCAAAAAUUGCAUCUGAUAUCAUGAGCUGCAUUUUACAGAAUUAUGACCGGCCACCUGUGAUGGCAUUAGCCAUUCCCAUUGCAGUGAAAUUCCUCCACAGAGGCAACAAGGAACUGUGCAGGAAUAUGUCUAACUACCUGUCCCUGGCUGCUAUUACCAAGGCAGAUCUCCUGGCUGAUCACACAGAGGCUAUUGUAAAGAGCAUACUCCAAGGCAACGCCAUGUUGUUGCGGGUGUUACCUGUGGUGUAUGAAGAGCAGCCCCAGCCGAUUGACAGACACUGGACAGAGCUCCUAGCCUUGAUGUCUCAGCUGGAGCAACCCGAACAGUACCAUCUUCUACGGCUUUUGCAUGUGGCAGCAAAGAGGAAACAUCCAGAGGUAGUUCAGAAGUGUAUUCCUUUCCUAAUUGAGCAUCUGAAGGAUUCGACCCACAAUGAUGCCAUCCUAAACAUCCUCCUAGAGAUAGCAGGCUAUGAACCAGGGGCUUUGAACAGUUUUCUUCCAAUGCUGAAGGAGAUUGGUGACAGAUUCCCCUACCUCAUUGGACAAAUGGCACCAAUCUAUGGAGCUGUUGGGCAUGUGGAUGAAGAGACAGCCAGGAACUGCCUGACAUACCUGGUGAGCCAGCUGGCCAACAUGGAACAUUCGUUUCACCAUAUUCUCCUGCUGGAGAUUAAGAGCCUCACGGAUGCCUUCUCUUCCAUCCUGGGCCCUCAGAGCAGAGAUAUCUUCCGCAUGAGCAACAGCUUCACUGCCAUUGCCAGGCUCCUUACCCGACAACUGGAAAAUGCCAAGGCUAGAGGUGGCAGGAGAAAAACCAGCACUGAAAUUGAAUCCCCUGAGAAGCUGGAAGAAACCAAGCUCACUGUGGCUGAAAAUGAAGACCAGGAAAAGCUCCAAGUUAAAAUACAGGCUUUUGAAGACAAAAUAAAUGCUGAGACCAAUACCCCUGGCUCAAUCAGAAGAUAUAGUUUGGGUCAAGUUUCUACAGAAGAAAGAAAAGAUACUCGAUUUAACAGAUCGAAAAGCUUGGCUUUGCACACGGUGCUGACAAAGGGUGUAAGUUCAGAUGAUGGGGAAGAUACAGGGAGUGGAGAUACACCAGCCAGCAUCUCUCUUUCAGAAAUAGACCUACUGAGCCAAGGAAACAACAAGGCACCCUCUAAGGCAGACACUGACAGAUCACAGCUGGAAAAUUCCUCAGUUUCACACCCAAAUAUUACACAUACAGAUUCAGAGAAUUUGCCAGAAACAGUUAAAGAAAACUUCCAGGAAGAAACUCCAACAAUAACUGCCAGUCCUGUAGAAUACCAGGAUAAGCUCUACUUGCACUUAAAGAAAAACCUCAGUAAAGUGAAAGCAUACGCCGUGGAAAUUGGAAAGAAGAUUCCCAUCCCCGAUCAGUGUACCAUUGAAGAUACUGUUAGAAGUUGCGAGGCAAAAUUGUUCUUCACCUGCUCCCUGAAGGGUCAUUACUGCCUAUACAGUAAAUCCAGUUUUAUUCUCAUCAGCCAAGAGCCUCAGCCAUGGAUCCAGAUCAUGUUUCUGUUUCAGCAGAGCCUGUUUCCAGAGCCCCUGUCCAUACAGAGCCAUUCUGUGCAGUUUCUCAGCACCCUGUGGGAGAAGACCCAGGCAGAAGGUUCUCACAGCUUUGAAACUGCAAUGAUGGAGUCCACAUUCCCACAUCAGAAGGAUCUGGACCAGGUACAGCUUCAUCUGGAAGAAGUGAGGUUCUUUGAUGUGUUUGGCUUCAGUGAAGCAGCAGGAGCAUGGCAAUGCUUCAUGUGCAACAACCCUGAAAAAGCAACCGUUGUAAACCAAGAUGGCCAGCCUCUCAUGGAAGGAAAGCUUAAAGAGAAGCAAGUCAGAUGGAAGUUCAUCAAAAGGUGGAAAACCCGUUAUUUUACCCUGGCUGGAAAUCAACUUCUGUUUCAAAAAGGAAAAUCUGCUAGUAGACAGUGUGAAGCACCAAGGAUCCCCUUCAAUGAAGGACGUGGUCCGGAUAUGCUGGACUGCUGUCAUCCCCUUCGAGGACUGCCUCAGCUGCAGAGAGAAUCACCUGUUCAACACCAGGCCUCUUUCCCACACAGCCGAUUUCUAAUGGCUGGUUGAUGGGGGUGUAUGAAAACCUGGUCACUCUGGCCAAACUUGGGACAACUCUGAAGAGGCAAUCUAGCUCCCAAGUCCCCAUGGGUCCGCCGAGGGUAUCGUGUCUGCAUCGAAGCUCAACUUCUCCCUCUGCCCAGUCCUGGAUCCUGGUUCCUUUCCCCUUCCUUCCACAGAUGCUGAUCCCAAGGGCACUCCUUAAUAAACAUCCCGUACAUUAAACUCUGUCUCAGAGUUUGCUUCACUGAGAAUGGAAUCUGCUUUACAGUGAGUACAGACAUAGGGUAAAAGGAACAUGAAGUAGGAAAAACAAUCACCAGGAUGAUAUACAUGCCAUGAGGUUCUACACAGUAGUAAAAGUUAGGGUUCAGAGCUGACUCCAUGAUUUCAUGCCAAGUUAAGAGAGAAAUUCAAUCAGACACAUGAGCCACAGUUUCCCCAGACUAAAAAUAAACCAGCUGCCCAGAGGAAGAAAAGCUCUCCAAAUGCUGAGACCUGAAAACUUUUCCUAUACAGCUUCACAAAGAGGACACUGUCAUUAGGAACAAUAUAGAGCAAUAAAUUGUUUCAGAAGGAUGUGUAGAGAGAUAAACCCCAGCUCACAAAUUUAGACAUGUGAGAGUUUCUUUAUUUCUCUGUAUUUGAACCUAUUUUAUUUCUUGAGCCCCAGCUCCCAUAUCACCUGGCAGCAAAAUAUAAUACUAGUCAGUUCAGGGAAAACUCAGUCAACUGAGGGUAUUGUCAGUUUACUCGGGUUUUUCCCAUACUCUCUUCUCAGCAAAUAUUCUUCCAAAUGCAUAGUUAAUGCAAAAAGUUCAUAUCCUAGUCUUUUAGGGUCAUGAUUUUUUUAGUCUCAAAAUCCUGACUUUUGAGACUCUAUUUUCUUAAACUAUUAUCUCUGCUGGAAGUUUCAAAAGUCUAUUCUGAAAUUCAAAAGCUUACAAUUUACUCAACUAUUUUUCUCUGAGUUUCUUUGCAACAUCCCUUUUUUGAGGUAAUGGAUACCUCAUAUCUAGUUUGAAUGAAGGGGUAAACUGGCAGGGGGGUGAGGAAAAGGGUGCUACAGGAGAUUAAAUGAAUACCAAGGCAUUUUAAAACCACAUUGGUUAAAAGAUUACUUGUUACAGUUUUUUAAAAUAACAUUCCUCAGUGAAGACCAAUAUCAUAAUGCUAGAAUAUAGAACAAAUAAAAGAAUAAAAGUAAUUUGGGUGGGGGCUAAAAACUAUGUGGCCUCUUAACCAGAUAUUGCAAACUACCACAGUAUGCCAAUCUCUAACCAAUAGUAUUCCUGAAAACCCUAGGGAGUGCACGGGGCUCCACCCAAGUCUUUCUAUAAAAGUUCUUCUUAGUAAGUUUAUUUUUUCAAAAAUGUAAGGCUUCCAGAUUGAUCCUAUGCCAGAUAAGCCCUAAAACCCAGAGGUUAACAGUCUCUCCAAGAACAUUAACCAGUUUCAUGCCUCUACCCCAUAAGAUCAACACCCUUUCUAGCACAAAUAAGUUAAAAUGGUCAUGACCCUGAAGAUUAAGAGGAAGAUCAAAUGAGAAGGAGGACGUAUAACCGAAAAAUCUGGAUUUAAUAACAAAUAACUGCGAAUACUGACUUUA